CUUUGCUUCGUUUGUUAGGUUAUAUUAAAAAAAGACUAAAAAAAGAAGAAGAAGAACCCAACAUUGUAAGAAACAGCUUGUUUCAACUAACGAAACCAAACCAAUAAUCUCUUACAAAUCUUCACCUUCAAUCAAAAGCCAACAAAACUCUUAUCAUCAUCUCUUACAAUCAUCUCUCUUUGUUUCUAAACAAAACUCUCUGUUAUAAUUCUUUUCCAUGGCAGUUUCCCCUCAAGUUUUCCCGCCAAGAAAACGGCGGCCGUCGGCCGGGGCAUUCAUACCACCAAAAUUCUCCGACCAGAGACUUCUCCAAACUCUCCUUGAACUCUCCCAAGAAAUCUCUUCUCUCAAACCUCUUCAAUUCCUUCUAAAACGCACCUCUUCUUCAAUCUUACGGAAGACGAAGAUCCUUUCAAUCUUAUUCGAGGAACUCCUGAAAAACCCAAUUCUGUUCUUAUCUCCUACUCUCUUAUGCUUCGAAGAAAUGUACUUAGUUCUUCAAAGAUUCAAGACUUUGCUUGAAGACUGCGUGAACGGAAGCAGGAUGUGGCUAUUGAUGCAAAGCGAUUCGGUUGCUAAUAAUUUCCUCGAGCUGACAGUAGAACUAGCAACCCUUUUGGAUAUCUUUCCUGUCAAGGAAGUCGAGAUUAGCGAGGAAGUUGAAGAAUUGUUUUUGUUGUUAAGAAAACAAUGCUCUAAGGCUAAAACCUUUGUCGAUAAAAGAGAUUACAAUUUGCGCCAAGACGUGUUAGCAAUGCUUGAUCGGAUUCAGAAAGAGAUUGUCCCUGAUCAUUCAAAGCUAGCAGAGAUUUUUUAUUUGUUGGGGUUUCGCAAUUCCUUAUCCUGCAAAGAAGAAAUUGAAAAUCUUGAAGAUGAAGUUCAGAACCAAAAAGAUGAGAAAUCGAAAUCCGACUUGAUUGCUUUGAUAGGACUGGUUCGUUACGUGAAAUGCGUGUUGUUUGAACCAUCCACACCAGGCGCUGAUUCCAGGAGUAAGAAAUUAGCAUCGGAUGUCAACGUACCGGUGGAUUUCCGGUGUCCGAUAAGCCUGGAUUUAAUGCGGGAUCCAGUUGUCGUGGCCACAGGUCAGACGUACGAUCGUGAGAGUAUUAAUCUCUGGAUUGAAUCGGGGCACAGCACUUGUCCGAAGACAGGCCAGGCCCUGGUCAACACCAACCUGAUUCCUAACCGAGCUUUGAAGAAUUUGAUAGCCAUGUGGUGCCGAGAGCAGAAAAUACCGUUUGAAACCGCGGAAGGCAACAACAGAAAAGACCGCGUUAUAAAAAGCAAGGCGGCUCUUGAGGCCAACAAAAUGACAGUGUCGUUUCUGGUUAACAAAAUGUCGGCCUCACAGUCAAUGGAAGCAGUUAACGGAGUUAUUUAUGAGCUUCGUGCACUUGCGAAGUCUAACUCGGAUUCCCGAGCCUGCAUCGCUGAAGCUGGAGCUAUUCCCGUGCUCGCACGAUAUUUAGGUCCGGAUAUAGGUUCAGAGUUUCCAAAUUUACAAGUUAAUGCCGUUACUGCUAUGCUAAACCUUUCCAUUCUAGAAGCGAACAAAACAAAGAUCAUUGAAAACGGCAGAGCUCUCAACGGCGUUAUCGAGGUGUUACGCACUGGUGCCACUUGGGAGGCUAAAGGGAAUGCGGCAGCAACUAUAUUCAGCCUAUCUGGCGUGCACUCGUAUAGGAAAAGACUUGGGAGGAAGACGCGUGUCGUUAAAGGAUUGGUGGAUUUAGCGAAAAGCGGGCCCGCGAGUUCGAAGAGAGAUGCAAUGGUGGCUAUUUUGAAUUUGGCGGGAGAUAGAGAGACAGUUGGGAGGUUAGUUAAGGAAGGGGUGGUGGAUAUGGUUAAUGAAGUGAUCAAUGAGAUGCCGGAAGAAGCCGCCGCGGUGCUCGAAAUGGUGGUGAAGAGAGGAGGAAUAGUGGCAGUAGCUGCCGCAUAUAAUGCUAUUAAGAAGUUGGGUGUGUUAAUGAGGGAAGGAUCGGAUAUAGUAAGAGAAAGCGCUGCGGCAACACUUGUUACCAUCUGUCGUAAAGGUGGGGCAGACACGAUAGCAGAGCUGGCGUCGAUAAUGGGAAUCGAGAGAAUUAUAUGGGAAUUAUUGGCAUCAGGAACAAUGAGAGCAAGAAGAAAGGCUUCCACUUUGUUGAGGAUUCUUAGAAGAUGGGCAGCUGGUUUGGAUGUUGAAUUUUUUUACGGGCAUAGUACUGUUGCAACUGUGAGUAGCGCAUCAUCAACAGUGGUGUUACCAGCUUAACACAUUUACGUUUGUUAUUUGCUUCUUAAUUGUAAAUAAAUCUUAGGAAUUUGUAAACAAAAUUCUUCUUUAAAGUGACAGUGAGUGUGUAUUUUCUUCA